AUGAUAACCAGUAAUAUGACACUAAGAGAAAAAUUAAUUAAAUGUGGCAUCUGUCAAAAACAAUUUGAGGAUCCACGUAUAUUACCUUGUUCACAUACAUAUUGUCUACGGUGUAUUAAACAGAUUGCAUCAAAUCAUCCUGAACACUUUGAAUGUCCUCAACAUGAUGGAGCUAUAGUACCAAAAAAUUCUAUUGAUAAAUUAAAAGUAAAUAGAACAAUGCGUAAUAUAAUUGAAUCAUUAAAUUUUAAUUCUGGUUUAAUUCCAUGUACAAAUUGUAAUUCGCUUACAUCUGAAUAUUGGUGUAACAAUUGUACAAAUAAUUAUUGUGCACAAUGUUCUCGUCAAAUUCAUGAAUUACGUGCAUUUCAAAAUCAUCAAUCAAUACCACUCAAAGAAAAAUCAAUCGAAUUAAUAUCUUGUGAAAAACAUCAAGAUGAAAAAUUAAAACAUUGGUGUCUAAAAUGUGAUACAUCGAUUUGUAGUGAUUGUCUAUUAUAUGAACAUAAAGAUCAUCCAUAUAUAUUACUUCGUAAAGCUGCUAAAGAUUUAGAAACAAAAGUAAAUAUUGAUUUAUUUAAUAUUGAAUUAUCUUUAAAUAAUAAUAUAAAUCAAACAGAUACUUCAAUAACUACAAUUAAAAAUGAAUAUGAAUCAAAAAAAUUAAUGAUUAAUGAUUCAAUGAAUUUUUUACAACGAAUUAUUAAUGAACAUGAAAAAGAAAUAUUAGAAAAAAUUCAAAAUAUCGAUGAAAAUAAUAAUAAAUUAAUGGAAGAUUUUAAAAUUCGAUUACAAAAUGAAUUACAACAAUUAGAUAUACAAAAAACAACAUUAGAAAUUCUUCUAUCAAGUAAUGAUCCAAUGAAAUUAAUGUAUGCUAGACAAGAUUUUUUUGAUUAUAUAAAUCGAAGAAAUCGAAUAUUACAAGGAUUACAAUUACCGACAAAACAUAUUUAUUAUAUUGAAGGAAUUGAUCAAAUACAAAAUGUUAGACAUAAUAUUCUACAAUGUGGACAAUUAAUUGAUAUUUUAAAACAACCAGAUGAAACUAUAGCAUAUUAUAAUCCACAACUUGAAAAAUUAAUUAUUGAUAAUCAAACACAACAAGAAUGGAAUUUCGAACGAAAAAUUAUGAUCGAUGAAGAUAUGAAAAUUAUAGCUGAUGCAUUAAAAAAUAAUACCAGACUUAUUGAACUUCAUUUGCCUCAAUGUCAAAUCAAUGAUCAAGGUGCAAAAUAUCUUGCUGAUGUUCUUCAACACAAUAAUACAUUAAUUUCACUUUACUUAUAUAAAAAUCAUAUAAGUAAUUACGGAGUACGGUUUCUUGCUGAUGCACUUAUACAAAAUAACACACUAACUACACUUGAUCUCUCUCAAAAUUAUAUUAAUGAUCAAGGAGUUCGAUAUCUUGCUAAUAUGUUACAGCAAAAUAGAACAUUGAAAACUAUUCACCUUUCCCAAAAUCUAAUUGGUGAUCAAGGAGCACAACAUCUUGCCGAUGCUCUUACAUACGACAACACAGCAUUGACUACACUCAAUCUCUAUUGGAAUGAUAUUGGUGACAUUGGUGCUCAAAGUAUUGCUCAUGCUCUUGAAAACAACACAACAUUAACUACACUCUAUCUUUCCCGUAAUCGAAUUACUAACAAUGGUGUACAAUAUUUUGCUGAUGCUCUCAGACGAAAUAUAACAUUGAGUACACUUAGUCUUCAUGAAAAUCGAAUUGAUCAACAAAUACAAAAUCAUAUGAUAAAUAUUCUAAAGACUAAUACACGAGUGACGAUACAUUGGUAA